UUCGCGAGAGGAGAAGGCGGAAGAGCGAGCUGAAGGCAGAGGUUUGUUUUGACGUUCAGCGGCGAACAUGGAGGCGCGGAUAUUUCUCGUCGCUGGGGCGAGUUUGUGCUGUUUGCUGCUUUGUACUGCGGUGUCUGCAGACGUCUUCGACGGCGUCUUGGGGAACACCGCGUCCUGCCAUAAGACUUGCCAGCUGACCUACAGCCUUCACACCUAUCCUCGGGAGGAAGAACUGUAUGCCUGUCAGCGGGGUUGUCGUCUGUUCUCCAUCUGUCAGUUUGUGGGCGAUGGCGAGGAACUGAACCAGACGAAGUCCGAGUGCGAUGCAGCUUGCCGUGAGGCCUACAGCCAGUCCAAUGAGCAGUACGCCUGCAGCCUGGGCUGCCUGAACCAGCUGCCGUUUGCCGAGCAGAGACAGCAGCAGCUCUUGGCCAUGGUGCCCAGGAUCCAUCUGCUCUACCCCCUGACCCUGGUGCGUGGCUUCUGGAACGACGUCAUGAGCUCUGCCCACAGCUUCAUCUCCUCCUCCUGGACGUUCUACCUUCAGGCGGACGAUGGCAAAGUGGUCAUAUUUCAGACCGAGCCUCAGAUCCAGUUCAUUCCGCCAUACGAACUGCCGCAGGAUGAAGGAGAGCAGCCUCUGCUCCCAUCUAAACUUGUUUACAAAGACUACCAGCGGUCCUUCAUCCAGGAACGGGACCGGAACAUGUUCGCAGACAGCGGCCACGCCGAGGAGGACUACAGUCUGUUCAGUUGUCUUGCGAGGAACCCCUGGCUUCCAGGCUGGAUCCUGACCACUACACUCAUCCUCUCGGUUUUGGUCCUGAUCUGGAUCUGCUGUGCCACUGUUGCGACGGCCAUGGACCAGUAUGUGCCAUCGGAGAAGCUGAGUAUAUAUGGAGACAUGGAAUACACGACUGAGCAGAAGCUGACACCAUACCCUCCAUCCUCCCUUGUCAUCAUCAGCUCGUUGGCGGAGGAGGAGGCGGGGCCUCUGCCAUCUAAAGUCAACCUCAACCAGUCCAGUAUUUAAGGGGGGACUGCUUUGAGUUGGGGGGGGGGGGGGGGGGGUUCAGCAUUCUAUUCUUACUCUGGUCUUAGUUGGUCAGGCAGGAUCUUUCGAUUUGCGUUUGUAAUAUCGACUUUCGGAGCUUUUUGUAUGUCUUUUCUGAAUCCUGGUUUUUCAUAGAGAUCCUUUGUAGGGCUGAGGGGUGAAUACCUUUGUUUGUAUAUUUGCACUUUUGCUGCCGCACCCUGGCCGUCGCCGUGUGACGUGCUGUCCUUUCCAAGCAUUACCACGUAGUCUGGUGUGGAGUAUGAAUUUCCUGCAUUCUCUCUGUAUGAAGGAGGCGUGAGGAUGCUCUGCCUCUGUGUGACCUGCCGUAAACCGAGGACUGUUUCUGCUGAUUGGCUCCGAAUUUAUUGCCAUGGACUUGAAUUGCACUAUUUUUCUCUCAUUGAUUCUUUCUUUAAAAUGGCCGAAUUUUAACCAUGUUGGAAACUCGGUACUGGCUCGGUACUGGCCACAAGGGCAGCUCCAGGGUACGCCGACAAGUCACUCUGGGCACUGUACGGGAUUGCCUUUGUGUUUGUUCAUUAAAAUGGGUUAAAUGCCA